AGAAAUGAGCCAAAUUUAUAGAGCAGUUGCUCCAUUUACCUUUCGAAGGCUUUCGCUCGGCAAAAGAUGGAGCAACCCCUGCUCUCAGGAGAAGCUCGCGACAAGAAAGAUGAGGGUUGGAGGUCUUACCAGCACGUGGGCAGGAACGCUUCCGUGCACUUUUCAUCACCUGCUACGGGUGGGGAGGAGGUGAGCGCCGAUGAGAUCAAAGCGGCCUCUAUCUUUUCGGAGUCCAUCUACCCACCGUCCAUCCAUGGAGCUCUCGUUUCCUCGCCAGAAUCGUAUCAUCAUCAAGAUCAAGUGAUUGCCUCUCAAGCUGUGUAUGGCAGAGACCCACAUGGAUAUGCUCCAAAUGAAUUUGGGAGGCAAAUACUAGAUGAAGUGGAGAUUAGACAUUUACUUGCGGAUCACGUUGGGCAUCAUUUUUGCUGGGGAAGCAGACCAGCCAGAACAUGGAAGAUUGUUUCAAUUGAGGACUGCAAUGUCUAUGUUGGAACUUUAGAAACUUUUAUAGAGGAGAGGGAAACUGUUAGGGUGAUAGAGCCUUACUCUGGAGGUGAGGUUGAUGGAAAAAACCAAGGGGCCACAGAACCUGCGGUAUGGGAAUUAGAUUUGAGAUCAGAAUUUCCUCUUCUAUUUGUGCCAUACAAAGAAACAAAUAUCAAAAUACCUCAUUCAGAAGCUCUUGAAAAAUGUGCAGGAUGUGAAGGCAGAGGGGAAUUAGCCUGUCCUACUUGCAAUGCUGGGCAAGAGCCAGGGCAUUACAAACCAAAUCAGAUGAGCCAAUGCUCUGCUUGCCAUGGGAGGGGUUUGAUCGCUCAUCAAGAUGGUUCUGAUUCAAUAUGCAAGAAAUGCAACGGCACAGGAAAGCUACCCUGUGUGGCAUGUGGCUCGCGUGGCCUUGUAAAAUGCCAGACAUGCAGUGGGCAUGGUUCCCUCCUCACACAUAAUACUGCUCAUGUUCAAUGGAGGACACUUUCAACACGCAAAGUAGCUGCUUCAAGUGGAGCAGCUUCAGUUCCUGAUGAAGUGUUCCACAAUGCAAGGGGCGUCCAGCUUUACAACACACAAGCAUACCAGUGUGCGCCUGCCUUCUUUGCAGAUUCAUACCUCCUCAACAGGUUCUCAUCAGAGGUCAUGGCUGAGCGAUCUCCCAUUCCUCCCUCUGCGAGACUUAUCUGUGAGAGGCAUCUCAUUUCUGUGGUGCCCGUCACUCGUGUCACGAUGGCUUAUCUUAAACGUUCCUUCUCUUUCUACAUCGUCGGAUAUGCCCGGGACAUUUAUAUAAGGGAUUAUCCUUCAGAAUUCUGCUGGGGCCUCUGCUGCUGUUUUGAAUGGUUGAAAAGCAAGAUUGUUGUUGUGAAUGAAUAGUUGGCUUCGAGUGUUUCAGUUCUGGAACUGCUUUUCAAUGUGAAAGAAAGGCGCUCCAUGGUCAUUAUUGUAAGUUAUACAUAAAGCACUCCUUAGAUUAUAUUUGUAAGUACUAUUUAUAUUUUUUUAUUAAAAUUGUAAGUGGCUUAUCCUGCAACAAACCUAGUAAACUCAUCU